CUUUCUCUUUUGUGUGGGGAGUCUACAUGGGGAGAUAUUUUGUUGUUUAUUCAGCGCUAAACCUGUUCUGACAGCCAGCUGGAGCAGACAAAAGUUCUGAGUUUGCUGGGGAACUCGCUGGCAGCCAGAUCUUGUGGUUACGGCGUCACCGGGUGAUGAAAUCGCUCUUGUCUUUGCCUCUUCCUCUCACAGGUUGUUUAAAGCAUCAAGGGAGGAAAAAAAAAAAAAAAAAAAAACCCUCCUCCUCUGCCUCCUCCUCCCCGCUGCCAACCCAUCUUUCCUCCGGAGGAAAAGGGGCAGUCGGUGCGUCGCUGCUGUGGAGGAAACACAGGAGUCGUCUCCAAAAUCUGACGAACCUCAUCUCAUCAAACCGCCUUGUGUCGAGGGGCGUCGUCGUCAGCGUUCCAGGUGGUUGUUUGGAUACUUGGGUGGAGGUCAGACGGUAAUAAUUGGCAGACAUGUCGCCGUUCCUGCGGAUUGGGUUCUCCAACUUUGAGAUCGAUCCUGGCCUGGCCUAUCAUGAAGAGGUGCUGAAUCCCUACUGCGCUGUUUACAUGAAGGAGGCCAUCGACACAGAAAAGGGUCAAGUGUACAAGCAGAAGAAGCCCACCAUGUACCCGCCAUGGAGCACCACGUUCGAUGCCCAUGUCCACCGCGGGCGCAUCAUGCAUGUGAUGGUGAAGGACCGGACAGCAGAGCUCAAGUCUGAGGCCACGGUUGCUCUCGAUUCACUGGCAACUCGCUGCAAGAGGGAGAACGGCAAGCUGGAGAUAUGGUUGGAGCUGAAGCCGCAGGGUCGCCUGCUGAUGGAGGCCAGAUACUAUUUGGAGAAAAGCGACGCUGCAGGUCAGGCUGGAGGAGACCCGGAGUCCGAACGGGAGAGAGAGGGUCUGUUCACCCUCCACCAGCGACGUGGUGCCAUCAAGCAGGCCAAAGUCCACGUUGUCAAAUGUCACGAGUUCAGCGCCACGUUCUUCCCUCAACCGACCUUCUGUUCCGUCUGCAAAGAGUUUGUCUGGGGUCUGAACAAGCAGGGCUACCAGUGCAGACAGUGCAACGCAGCGAUCCACAAAAAAUGCAUAGACAAAGUUAUCGCCAAAUGCACCGGUUCCGCCAUAAACAGCAAAGAAACAAUGAUCCACAAGGAGCGCUUCAAGAUCGACAUGCCCCACAGGUUUAAAGUGUACAACUACAAAAGCCCCACCUUCUGUGAACACUGCGGGACUCUGCUGUGGGGGCUCGCUAAGCAGGGGCUCAAAUGUGAGGAGUGUGGCAUGAAUGUCCACCAUAAAUGCCAGAAGAAAGUAGCCAACCUCUGUGGGGUCAACCAAAAGCUAAUGGCUGAAGCUCUGGCCAUCAUCGAGACCAAACAGCAGGCAAGAAGCACCAAAGACACAGACAUCAUUGGUCGAGAGGGUCCGGUGACUGUCAACCAGCCAGGAAUGGUCCGAGCUCCGUCGGGGUUAAUAAUGGGUUUACCUGCUGUCGCUACACCUGCAAAUAAAGCAGAUGUGCAGGGGGUUUCAUGGGAAGGACCAACAGACGUCUGCAGGACGGUCUCCGAGGCGUCGACAGAAGAACCCCUGUAUGCCGUUCCAAGGAAGGACCACCAGCCCAAAUUUAUCAUUGAUGACUUUGUGCUGCACAAGAUGCUUGGGAAAGGCAGCUUUGGCAAGGUGUUUUUAGCCGAGCUGAAAAAGACCGGCAAGUUUUUCGCCGUGAAGGCCCUGAAGAAAGACGUGGUCCUGAUGGACGACGAUGUGGAGUGCACCAUGGUGGAGCGGAGGGUUUUGUCUUUAGCCUGGGAGAAUCCGUUCCUCACACACCUUUACUGCACCUUCCAGACUAAGGAAAACCUGUUCUUUGUAAUGGAGUAUCUGAACGGAGGUGAUCUCAUGUUCCACAUCCAAACCUGCCACAAGUUCGAUUUACACAGAGCCACCUUCUAUGCAGCUGAGAUCAUCUGUGGGCUCCAGUUCCUGCACUCGAGAGGAAUUAUUUACAGAGACCUGAAGCUAGAUAAUGUACUUUUGGACUCAGAUGGUCAUAUAAAGAUAGCAGACUUUGGCAUGUGUAAGGAGAGCAUGCAGGAUGACUCGCGGACCUCCACCUUCUGUGGGACCCCUGACUACAUCGCCCCUGAGAUCCUGCUGGGCCAGAAGUACAACAGCUCAGUGGACUGGUGGUCAUUCGGGGUGCUGCUGUAUGAGAUGCUGAUUGGUCAGUCUCCGUUUCAAGGCCGUGAUGAAGAGGAGCUGUUUCAGUCCAUACGAACGGACAACCCUGCUUACCCCCAAUGGCUCAGCAAAGCUGCCAAGGACAUACUAGUCAAGCUGUUUGUGAGGGAACCCGAGGAGCGACUGGGCAUGAAGGGAAACAUCAGACAGCACAGUUUCUUCAGCAGCACUGACUGGAGCGCUCUGGAACAACGGCAGGUGGCGCCGCCCUUCAAACCAACUUUAACAUCACCCAGCGACUGCAGCAACUUUGACAAAGAGUUCAUCAACGAGAAGCCCAGAUUGUCGUGUGCCGACCGGACGCUCAUCAACAGCGUCGACCAGACGAUGUUCAGAAACUUCUCCUUCGUUAACCCGGGGAUGGCGCGCAUCACGGCACGCUGACCAAAAACCUUCAAACAAGCCGCUCGGUCGCAACCAAUACUUAGAUUGUAACCGAAACAAACCGCACAGACUUUAGACUGAAUGUCGCAAAACUGGAAUUGUAUUCACAAACAUGACGAUGAUAAACACUGAGGAGGUGACCUGGGUGAAAGACAUAACUGUGACUGUGUCCCUCGACUUCAACACAAAACACACAAAUAUGCUUCAAUAUCUUUAAAAAGCAAACAUUAAAAGAUGACACACUUCAUAUGAAAAUACACCUGUAGCCAAUUGUGAUUCGUCAGCAGUUAAUUCAACUAGAAGCUAAAGUUUUUCUCAUAGUGUAAUUAUAAUAGCAUGUAAUUGGUUUAUCAUUAAACUACCCACAUGUUGGAUACCAAUAAUAAUAAUAAUAAUAAUAAUAAUAAAUUUAUUUAUAAAGUGCUUUCAGUCAAAGUGCUGUACAUAGAGAUAAAGAAAAAGACAACUGGGGUGUGUUUAUCAGUACAAAAUGUGAUUCUAAUCAACUUAUGGUGCCUCGUCAUACUUUAUGAAGUUCACGUCUUCAAGUAAAAUCAAACUAAGAAAUUUGGUUGCACCAAAUUCGUCCUAUUUUUCUCGUUGUUCCUCUAUACUAUUCCAUAGCGUACCGAGUUUUUUGCCUCUAUUUUGGGUAAAUAUGUUGAAAAAAAUACCCAGUCUGUGUAAAUAACUGUAAUGUAAUUCUAUAGAUAUGUAUAGUGCUGUCAGUCGGUUGUAGAUCCGUUCGUGUACCAGGGUUAUUGUUUACAUGUGUUUUCCGAUUGUAUCUCAGGAGUUUUACUGAUGAUGUACUUAGAUCCCUGCAUACCGUAGUUUCUAUUGUUGUCUUCAUUGUGAAUCCUGUACAAUAAAGUGUGUGUGUGUUUUUUUAAA